AUGCAACGCAGGAAACCAAGACGAUCAACAGAAAAUCACACAGACCAUAGAGUAGUCCACUCUGCAUCAGCCAAAGUGCCAACACCUGCCGUCGAAACAGACAUGUCUUUCGAUCUUUCCUGGCCCAAUGCGACUAUGCGCGCUGUCGUUUACCAGGGCACUCCCUUCCAAAUGACUGUUGAAGACGUCGCCAAGCCCGCAAUUCUCAACGAGACCGAUGUCGUUGUGAGGAUGACAACCGCGGGCAUUUGUGGAUCCGACCUGCACACCUAUCGUGGCUACAUGAGCGGUGUUGUGCCAUAUAUUAUGGGCCACGAGGCUGUCGGCUACGUCUCAGAGGUUGGCGAGGCAGUGUCUUCCCUCGCCGUAGGGGACUAUGUCAUUAUUCCCGAUACUGUGUCUCCGGACCAGCUGGAGAUGGAGCCGACGUCGAAGGAAUAUUUUGGCUUUGGUAACAGCCAAAUGGGUCUUGGUGGGCUUCAAGGGUUCAUAGCCGAGUACGCGAGGGUCCCCUUCGCCGAGGCCAACUUGAUCCCCAUCCCUCUGACCCAUGAAACCGCCAACUCGACGAUCGAGCGUGACUACCUUACUGUUUCGGAUAUCUUCGCUACGGGCUGGGCCGGCAUCGACUACACCGGCUUCCAGCCCGGUGAUUCCGUCGCCGUCUUCGGGGCGGGUCCCGUCGGGCUGCUGUCCGCUUACUCGGCCAUCUUGCGCGGGGCUUCCAAGGUCUACGUUGUCGACCACGUCGAGGAACGGCUCAAGCUUGCCGCUUCUAUCGGAGCUAUCCCUAUCAACUUUGCAAAGGACGAUCCCGUUGACCAAAUCUUGGCGCGCGAACCGCGCGGGGUGAUGCGCACCGUCGACUGUGUUGGCAUGGAAGCUCUGAACACCGACCUGGAAAUGGACGAAAGCGUUGUCGUGCAGCAGAUGAUUGAUGUGGUGCAUUUUGGAGGAGGCAUCGGCCAGCUGGGCGUCUAUAAGUCUCAGGCCAGCUCACCUGGUGCGCCGUACGGUAGCACCAUGUCGCCUACGAUCCCCUUUCCCAUCGCGACCUUUUUCGCCAAGGGUCUGAGCUUUCGAACGGGAGCCGUAGACCCAAAAAAGUACGCCCCUAUGUUGAUCGAUCUCAUCAACAACGGUAAAGCCCAUCCUAGCUUCGUGAUUAGUACCGUUAUCAGCAUUGAGGAUGCGCCAAAGUAUUACGACCGCUUCAAUAGCAAGAAAGAGACGAAAGUAGCCAUCUACUUCGCGGAGUAA